UAUCGCCAUUGAAGAUUAAAUUCGCGUCACAAAAAUUCGUAUUCUGUGGUUUGAGAAAGGUUUAAUUAAUUUAUUUUCUUUUAUUUUUUUUGGAAAGAGUAAUUACAUGAAAUUACCAUGUCUGAAGAGGAAUAUGAAUCUGAUGAAAAAAUGAAUUCUGAACAUGAGGAAUGUGAGACUGAUAGUGAUGAAGAGGUAAAAGAAAAAAUUACGUUGAAGGCUCGUAAAAUUCGAAAAUCAGAUGGUAAAUGGAAAGUUUACUACGAAAGUAAAGUAUUCAAAAGAGAGUGGAUCGAUAUAUUUCCAUGGGUUGAAGAAGAUCCAGAAGAUCCAAAGCUUGCAAUAUGCAGAGCUUGUAAUAAGAAAAUAAAAGCUCAUAAAAGUAUUCUUGAAACCCAUCAGAAGACAAAAAGACAUAUUAGAAAUAUCUCUGGAUCAGAUGAUGUAGAUGAUGAACAACCUAAAAAAGAAGAGAAACCUGAACAACCCAAAAACCUUCAUGUACCUAUGGAACAGAUGAUUUCUGAAGAUCAAAUAGCUUUUUUUGCUGAAUCAUCUAUUGAUGCCGCCCACCAAGCUGUGACAAGUUUAAUUGACAAACUUGUUGAAAAGUACCAUGAAAACAGACUAGAAAAUCUCAGGGAACAGAACGAAGCACAACUAGGAUUAAAUAAUCAAAAAGCUCAAUUGUUACGUGCUGAAAACCAGAGAAAAUUGGAAAUGCGUAUGCAACAAGAAGCUUAUUCUAAAGAAGCCCAAGAUUUUCGGUUGAAGCUUAUGCAAUUACAACAUGAAACUAAAAUUGGUGCAAUGGAGGAGGAAAGAGAUGCAAAAUUAAGAGCUGUGGAACAAGAGUUGAUGUUUGCACGCCAAGAAUAUGAGAAAAAGAUGAAGUUGUUGGAUGUUCAGCUCUCUUGCAUUAAAUAAUCAAAACAAAGUGAAAUUUCAUCUUUACUUUGAUUUGUUCAUCAAAUUAUUUUUUUUUUUUCAUUUCAUCUGUGGCUAGUUCUACUGAAUUUAGCAGUGUCAAUAUAUAUUGAAACAUGUAAUAUGUAUUUUUACAUUUCAGAAAUAAUAAAAAAGUUGAC